UUCUCUCUUCCCUCUCACUCCAUCCUUCCUCCCACGGAAAGAAAGAAAAAAUAUAGCGAGAAAACGAAGCGAUGGUCGAAGGCCAAGUCGAACCCUCCAUCGACGCCUCUUCCUCUCCUCCCUCCGUCGACGCACCCGCCCCGGCUGCCACCUCUGCCCGCUCCCCCCAGCUCCUCCUCCGCCCCCGGCGCGAGCCUUUCGAGCACGGUCUCCUCCCCAUUCCCAAGCUCAUUUUCUCCGACGGAACCCAAACCCUAGCCGCCCUCGCUGACAAGCUCCUCCACAGAUCCAUCAGCUCCCCGCACCGCGUCGACGUCCCCGCCCUCGCCGACGCCUUCCAGAUCUCUCUCGACCACGCUCGCCUUGCCCUCGAUACCCUUGCAUCCGUCCUCCCUUUCGAACCCGAUCCGGACGGCGUCGCCAACGUCCAUGAUAUUGUCUUAUUUCUCUACGUCCAGUCCUACAAGCGGCUGGUCCCCCGUCCGCACAAGGACUCGGCUGCCAUCGCCGAUGUCUGGCCCUCCACAUCGGCCUUUGACGGCUACUUGUCCGCCCUCUCGCCACUUCAGCUUGUACGCAGUAAUAGUCGUCGAUUUAUGCCUUCACAAGUGGAUGAAGAAGCUCAUCAGUUAUCAUACUUACAGAAGCAUAUGGCCAAUAUUAUUACCCUAUUGGCGGAGCCUGCUGAAGGGGAGGGUGAUGAAUCUCUGGUUUUGACAGUGGAAAGAUUUGAACACCUUGGUUUCCUUCUCCAUUUUUCUGAAGGAAUUCCAUUGACCCAAGCAGCUCCUUUUUUUGCUAAUUCAGAUCCAGACAUGCCUGCUGUUCCUGUUUCUGCAGCUCAAGUCCAUGACUGGGUCGUGCAAAACAUAGUCGUUUCAUUGGAACAUAAUGCUGAGAAGGUAUUAGCAAAGGACAACAAUAUGCAUAAUGCUGCAGACUUGGAUGUGCCAAUGACUGAUAUCUGCUCAAGUCAUACAAGGGUCCAAAGCAGCUCACCUCCUGGGACCUCUGUGCCUGCUAAUUCAACAUACGUGACAAGUGUAACUUUUGUGGAGGGUAUAUCAAAAGCUUCGGUGGUCAAGCAGCCAUGUGAUAUUAAGGGGCCUUCUCUAAAGGUGUUAAACUGCCAUGAUUCAGUGAUAUACAUCUUAGCACCUUUGAGCUAUGCUACAAUUUAUGGAUGUUCAGAUGCGACUGUUGUUCUUGGUGCCAUUGGUAAGGCUGUUAAAGUGGAGCACUGUGAAAGGGUACAGGUUAUUGCAGCUGCAAAACGCAUUUGUAUUGCAAAUUGCCGUGAAUGUCUGUUUUGCUUAGGGGUUAAUCAACAACCUCUUAUCGUUGGAGAUAAUCAUAAAUUGCAAGUCGCACCAUUUAAUACCUACUAUUCACAACUGGAGGAUCACUUAUCUCAAGUUGGUGUUGAUUCGAGCAUCAAUAGAUGGGAUGAACCCUUGGUGCUGGGGAUGGUUGACCCUCAUGAUUCUUUGUCUCACCCUGCAGGGGUCUCUGAUGUUCAAGCUGAGUCUGCCACAUGUAUCGAUCCUGAUCAGUUUACUAAUUUCUUGAUUCCUAACUGGUUUGGAGCUGACUCACCGCAGUCCACAAAAUAUAACCCAUUUCCGUUGCCUGAAAUUUAUAGAGCAUCCCAGAAAAAGAAGCACUCAAAUCUGACUGAUGUUCAAGAAGCUAUCAGGGAUGUGCAACUUGAUGAGAACCGAAAGCGAGAAUUAGCAUCGGCCCUUCAUGUACAUUUUAGAGAUUGGUUAUACGCUUCGGGGAACAUUCGCCAGCUAUAUUGUCUACAAUCUGAUUGAACCGACAAAAAUGUUUGUUUGCUGGAGGUAAUUUGUCACGGCCAGAUUCUUGCAAUACAACGGAGUUGGUCUUUUCUCCUCCAAUCUGUCCUCGCAUGCUUUACAAAAUUUUUCAUCCACUGUAACUGGCAUCUGUUCUAAUGCAUCAUGUAAACUGGAUGCACAUUUGGUACUAGAAUUUUAUGCACGCUGAGAGUUUUGAUUUUUCUCUCUUUUUUUAAAACUUUUUUCCCCUUCUUCAAAGAUCAUCCCUGGGCUUGUCAGGUAGUUCAUGUGCCUUGGCGGUGUUGUGGAUGCCACGCAUGGAGUUGCACUUAUUGGUUUGCUACUGGUGAAUAAUAUUGGCUACUGAAAUCAUUACGUUCUUCUGA